AGAAUAAGACGGACAGGAUGGGUGGAUGAUUUAGGGUGGACAGGGCCUUUUAGUUUUAAACCUCAGCUGGUGUGAGCGCUGACUAAGUGAGGUGAGGGAGGAAAAGUGGCAACCAGAAGCAGUAACAGAUAAAUUCAGAUAGCUGCAGAGAGAUGGGAGUGAUGGAAAAGUAUGUGUGGAGGAGGUAGACACCAGGGGAGGAUGUUUCAUUCCCCACAGCUCCUCUCAGUUUCUCAGGAUUUCCCUCUCUGGACACUGCUACUGCUGCUUGAAGUGCCUUCUCUCAAGGGCCAUACUCCAUUCCAUAUCUGGACCUGGAUUUGGACAAGCAAUGAAGUGGACCAAAUCAGACGGGAUAGUAAUGCCAAACCUAAAUUUAACUAUUUACGGUUAAAUUAAGUCAGUACUGAAAGGUGUUUGGUGGACCAAAGGAUUACUGACAGAAAAAGUGGAUAUUUGGCUACAUAAGUAAUGCCUUAUCAAUUUUUUAUUAUUGUUUGGGCACUGCAGCCUUGUUCUACACAGUUUUUACUUUGCAUGAAUUUUUAUUGUAUCUUGACUGACAGGUCUGUUUUGAAAACAAUAUCUCAUCCUACAUUGUGAGCGGAUGGUGCAGAUGUUAGAAGGUCAGAUUGUCCUCGGCUUGCAGAUAAAGAGUAUUUACGAUAUGCCCUUGUUGAUCAUGCAGUUGGUGCAUAAAUGGGGUAAUUACAGUUACUAAUGUUGUUUUGCCGUUUUAGGGCAUGGAAGAUGAGAAGACUUUGGCAUUUCAUGUUCUGUAUUUCAAUAAGUCGUUUGUGUUUACCUGGACUUUCUCCCACCUAAUGGGAGCAAAAUCGUGUAAAUGGACAUUGAAUUCUUUGUUUUCCCAAAAGACAUUUUCAUCUAAAACCAAGAUGUGAUUCAUGAGCGUAAACUAUGACGUGAGGACUGAUAAUAGCUGUUUGGAUUAACAGGGUGCGCAGUAACUUGUGUCUUUGCCAUUCUGAGCACCGGAGAGUGUGUGCUGGAGGAAAGUCUGGAAAGUGACGCUAAACGUCUCCUUUAAUGCACCGUAAUAAAUGGCCCAUGACACAACCCCCAUUUUCCCUCAUGAGUCUAGAGAGGGAGGUUUCCCAUAUAUGUCGGCUUCCACAUAUUUUCCACUUCAGCAUCAGUGUUGACAUUAUCGAGCAGCCUUCGUCCAGCCCGCUGGCCUGGUUCUCAUGCUGUCUCCUGGGCCUGGAAACAAACCCAUGCAGUCAGCUAACAACCAUACUUGAUUACUGUUACUUCUUGGGUCACCUUUGUUGAAAACACUUGUUGUUGACUUGCCCAGCCCAGUGUUACUCGUAUCGGCCCAGGCUUCCUUUCAUCUCUCCCCUGGGCCAGGCCUUCUCGUGCAGGCUUGGCCCUAAGUGGGCAACCCCCUGUCCGGAAGUCAUGGGGAUCCAGGGCAUGGAGCUGUUUGCCAUCGGCGUUGUCAUCAUCCUUUUCAUGGCAGUUCUCAAGCAGUUUGGCAUCUUGGAGCCCAUGUCUUCAUUUGAAGAUGACAACAGCGACAGUGACUUGGAGCUGUCAACAGUGCGUCACCAGCCGGAGGGUCUGGACCAGCUGCAGGCUCAGACCAAGUUCACCAGGAAGGAACUUCAGUCCCUCUAUCGAGGCUUCAAGAACGAGUGUCCCAGUGGGCUGGUUGAUGAGGAGACAUUCAAGACCAUCUAUUCUCAGUUCUUUCCCCAAGGAGAUGCAACCACCUACGCUCACUUCCUGUUCAAUGCAUUUGACAUCGACAGGAACGGUUCAAUCCGCUUUGAGGACUUUGUUAUUGGCCUGUCGGUGUUGCUCAGAGGUUCGGUCACUGAGAAGCUCAACUGGGCCUUCAACCUCUAUGACAUUAAUAAGGACGGCUACAUCACCAAAGAGGAGAUGCUGGCGAUUAUGAAGUCAAUCUACGACAUGAUGGGGAGGUACACAUACCCCUGUGUGCGGGAUGAAGCGCCCUCUGAACACGUGGACAAGUUCUUCCAGAAAAUGGAUAAAAACCGAGAUGGUGUAGUGACCAUUGAAGAGUUCAUUGAGACCUGUCAGAAGGACGAGAACAUCAUGAACUCCAUGCAGCUGUUUGAGAAUGUGAUAUAAAGAAAGCCCACCUCCACAACUCACACCCAAACAUAGUAACCCCAACCCUAACCCAGGAACUAGACAUUUUUUAUUUCUCAGCACACUCCUUUAGCUGUAUCUUGCAAACUGCAUCUGGAUUAAAAAGAACUACUACAGACAAAAGAAGAGAAAAGCUUCCUGGAUUAAAAGAAAUCCCCGUCCGUCCGUUGUGUUUUUUUUUCAUAUCCUAAUUGAAGAAACAGAAAAGGCUCCUUGUGUUUUUAUCAAUGGACAAAAAAUAAUCAACAACAACCAACGAGGAAUGGAGAAGCUUCCAACAUUCUUCUGACCUGAGCACAGAAGGAUACAAGCGCGCACAAACACACACACACACACACACACACACACACACACACACACACAGCUGCUGUUUCCUCAAGAGUUGUUAGAGCACUGGAUGAGGUGAACUAAGAGAAUACAUAUUGCAAAAGAAAAAGAGAAAUUAACUAAAGCAUGUCUUCAUCAAAAAUGUGAUGUGGAAUAAGCUUGCACUACACUUUUACACUUUUAUGUAUUAUAUGCGCCUGAAGUAAAGGCACUGUAGAUACCUGCACCUGAUACACUCUGGUGUGUUUGUAUAUAUGUAUAGUUAUUAGUUAUAUAUCCCACCUUGUAUUGGCCUCCUCUGUGCUACACUGGGUGAAGGAAUAGAACCAGAACUGAUUUUUUGUUUUAGAAAUAUCUGUCUAACAUUAUGUUAAGUUGCAGUCCUACACAGAUUAUUUAAAAAAAUCUCCUUUUUUUGUAUUUUGGAAGAUUAUGUUUGGAUGUUUAGAUUGGAAAAGGGAGUCUGUACAGUACUGUGAAGAAGCAAAAUGACUGUCAAAAAUGUGUUCUUAUGCUGAACUAUGUUUUAUCUUGGUUAUUUAGGAUCUUUCAGCAUGCUGACUCUUAGUCCCACAGUAUUAUGUACACUAAGUCCUUUGUGAUGUUGGUUAAUUAAAGAUGCUGUCGAGAGCUGCGA